AUGAGAAUUCCUUUGAUCUAUAUAAUUCAUUUAAUCCAUUUAAUCGCACUUUUAACUUUACUAGCCAAAUGUAUUAAAAAAAACAAAACAAUAAUAAAAAAUAAGAAAAGCUUAUCACAUGACUUGUUCAGGAAAUGUAAGUUAAUGUUCAAGGGAUGGAAAAUAAGCAGAAAGUUUAUGAGCAACUCAUUUUUUUUAAAGAAUAACGUUAAAAUGAUAUCUACAUUUAACAGGGGCUUAAAUAGCAGCUUUUUCUUUCAUAAACCUAGGGUUAAGUUUGAGAGAACAAAAAUAAAAGACCUGUUUAAAAUAGAAUUCAACGACACUGAAAUACGGGGGUAUUUCAAAAUAUACGGAUGGAUUAAAUCAGUUAGAACUGUUGGAAAAAAUCGCUUUGUUUUUAUUGAUAUCAAUGAUGGUUCCUAUUUUAAAAACUUGCAAGUGGUAAUUGAUGCAAGUAUUUCAAAUUAUGAAGAAGUUUUAAAAACAUCAACAGAUGAUGCUAUAGAAUGCUUAGGCGAACUGAAGUAUUCCAUAGGGAAAAAGCAGAAAGUAGAAUUGUGCGUAUAUGACUCAUCAAAAGAACAUUAUGUAAAACUGUUCAAGCAAAUAAACGAAAAGGAAAACAACUAUAACCAAAAUAGUGAGGACAAAAAUAGUGAGGACGAAAAUGGUGAGAACAAAAAUGGUGAGAACGAAAAUGGUGAGAACGAAAAUGGUGAGAACGAAAAUGGUGAGAACGAAAAUGGUGAGAACGAAAAUGGUGAGAACGAAAGCAAUGAAAAAGUACACAAUGGUAGGAGUAAGACGGAUGACAAGCCAAACGUUAGAAGCGCAUAUAUAAAAGGCAGCCAACAAAAAAAGAGCCCCAGUGAUAGCAGUUUUGUUGAAAAUAGUGAAAAAGGCCAAUGCACACAACGAUGCAAAUAUAAGGCAGACUACUAUAUGAUAUCAAAAAAAUAUCACACCAAAAAAUACCUAAGGAAUUUCCCUCAUUUAAGGGCAAGGACAAAAUUGUAUAGUAGCAUAUUCAGAUUAAAAUCUGAUAUAAUUGUUGAAACGUUUAACUAUUUUAGAAAAAAAAACUGUACAUAUAUUAAUACGCCUAUUUUAACAAGUAAUGACUGUGAAGGGGGAGGGAAAUUAUUUUACGCAACCACCCUGUUAAAUGGAGAGAGUAAAGAGGAAAAAAAAGAGGAUAACGAAAUAAGGAGAGCACCACAAACUAUAUGUAACAAUACAAAUGAAGAAGAGUAUCAUCCUUCUCCUUCUCAUCCUCUGCAUCAUCAAAAUUAUCGUGAAAACAAAAUUUUUGAAAAAGAUUUUUUUAAGAAACCAUGUUUCUUAAAUGUGUCCAGUCAACUAACAUUAGAAUGUCUGUGUUGUUCUAUGGGAGAUGUAUUCACAAUUAAUCAGUCAUUUAGAGCGGAAAACUCAAAUACCUUUAGACAUUUAAAUGAAUUCUUAAUGCUAGAAGUAGAACUAGCAUUUUCUAAUUUAAAUAAUAUUAUUUCAUUAUCCGAAGAGUAUAUAAAAGAGAUGAUUAAGUUUGCUUUAUAUAAAUCUGAUGAUAUAGAAUACUUAAAUGAAAAUCAUGAUAAAAAUAUAAAAAAGAAGUUAGAAGACAUUUUAAACAAAAAAUUUGUUGUAAUUACAUAUGAUGAAGCAGUACAUAUUGUCAAAAAGGAAAAUCGACUAUCUAAUUUAUCAUCAUGUGGUAACGACUUAUCUUUUGAAGAGCAAAAAUUUUUGACAAAUGUAUAUUUUAAAUCUCCUGUAGUUAUAAUAAAUUAUCCAUAUGAUAUUAAGCCCUUUUAUAUGAAAUUAAAUGAAGAUAAAAGAACGGUGUCUUGUAUGGAUAUAAUUUUUCCUGAUGUUGGUGAAAUUGUAGGAGGCUCUGAAAGAGAAAUUCAUUUGAAUACUUUAAAGCAGCAAAUGCAAAAUAAAAAAUUAAAUAUCGCGUUAUAUGACCCUUAUUUAGAACUAAGGAAAUAUGGAAAUAUUCCUCAUUCAGGUUUUGGGUUAGGUAUUGAUAGAUUAAUUAUGUUUAUUUCUUCAAUUAAUAAUAUACGAGAUAUUGUUCCUUUUCCCAGGUGCCCAAAUUCGCUUUUCAUGUAG